CCAUCCCAUCCCAUCCCAUCCCAUCCCAUCCGUCGGUCGUUGCCUUCGGCGAGCAAAUGCAAUUCCGUCGGUGAUUGGGUGACCGACGCCUUUCUCUUUCUCCCCCUCUCCCUCCCCCUUCCCUCUCGAUUUUUCCCUUCCUUGGCUUCGGCUUGGACACCAACUACUCAUUUGGUUGCUUUCCGCCUCCUUCCUCUCUCAAUCAAGUGGACGCGCAGACUUCUUCGCGGCCCGGUUACUCCUCUCCUUGUCCCCCAUCUUCCCAUCACAACUCUUACGACGACUGUUGCUGUUGACGAAGCGUAAUCUCCUUUGAGCGCCUCGCGUAUUAUCAUCGUGAUUCUCAAGUCAGCAUUUUCCCCGCCGUGGGCCCGAAUCCGCCACUGAAACUGUUUGGCACCGUUGUUUGGCACCGUUGUUUGGCAUCCGCUCUUCCUGUCCACGACAUUGCGCGUAUCAGCCAAGUCCCCCUCACGAUUCAGGAACCGUCGCCUCCUGUGACCGUUUUACCGUUUGCUAUCCGAGGGGAGAGCGUCAGCCAAGCGGCACAAGCUCAGACAUUGGGUGACCCAGCAUAGAGAAACGCAAGGGCACACCCACGCACAUACAAUCCAAUACAUCAGACGGAACCCAUCCAGGCGAAACAACGGGAGGGAGACUGAAAUAGAAACCGCCGCCAUGCCGGCCCCGUACUCUGACAACCUGUAUUCGGCCAACGACUCCGAUUCUGUCCAGACCCCGGACGACGACCUCGAUGACCACCUGUCACCCACUGACGGCUACUUCCAGAGCAGCACAUCGUCGUCAGCCGCCGCCAUCUACCCUCCGCAACAACAGGCCCAUGGUCACUACAGUCAGGACGACGUAAUCGCCGCGACUACCUUCCCCACGUCCGCUGGCGUGCCGCAUGUGCCUAACGUUCUCGUUCAGGACCCGUCGCUGCGUCUGCAACAAGAGGCGUCCUCCUCUUCCGCCUCUAAGAAGGAUCGCGGAGCAAGGGAGGAGACAAGGUUAAACUCGUCGCCUGUUGGUAGGACCUCGUCACCCGCCGCGCCCGUUGACGAGAAUUACUAUUACGACGACGGGGUCUCCUCCAUCGCCGCCGACAGCGAGGCGACGCCAUCGCACACGACAACAGCGACGACCACAGCAUACACUUACACACCCUCUCACACCGCCCAGAGCUCGUCAUCUUAUACACCUUACGCGCCCUCCGCCGACGCUCCCCUGCGUACUCCUCAGACUCACCCCAUAAGGAGUCGGUACUCGCACCCGGCGUCGCUAUUCCAUAUACCCAGAGAGGCACCUCCUGCUUAUACGCCGUCGCCCACGUCCCCGCUGGCGUCAUCCCCCACAGAUCUCAGGAACUACCAGACCUUCACCUCCAACAUGGGAGCCCCCGACGAAGAGGCGCGCUUGCUGGGCCGCGACCCCGAGAGCAUGGGCGGCGAGCCCUACGAUGGCGACGAUGACCCGAGGCCGUCUCCGUCGUGGAGACAAAGAGCCCUCAAGAAACACUCGUGGGCCUCGAGGCGUACCUUGAAAAUGGCACUUCUUGCUGCCCUGGUCUUCUUCACUGUGUCGGGGUUUCUCAGCAUGCUGGUCACAAGUGUCAGAAGCACGCCGUCUGAUAAGUCACCUUCAAAGCAGCCCAUCAAGGAGUAUGACCCCGUCACUGGCCUGCCCAUCAAGGACGGCCCGUCCCAACCCAACGAGCCCUCUCAACCAGGCCAGCCUUCCAACUCCAUCCCCUGGAAGCCCUCGAGCACCUGUCUCCAGACAGAGCACCGUUUCGCCCCCAAGGUCUACGACCUGUCCUUCACACCAGACAAGACCCUGAGCGUCCUCCAAGGCAUCGAGUCUGAUGCGCCAUCCCGCGGGUUCCAACCCCAAGUCUCGGGCGACUUCGUUGUCCGGCGCCAACAAGGCAACGCUCCAGGCCCCUCCGUCGAGCUCGAGGUCGUCGCCAACGAUGCGGCCCUUGACGUCGACGUUGAGUGGGACUCGGAGCACCAAGAGCUUCUAAUCAAGACCCCGCAGCGCAUCGAAUGGAACCGCUCCCUCCGGCCCUGCAUCGCCCUACGCGCCACCAUCUGGGUACCCGAGAACGCCGAGCUGUCCCACCUCUACCUCGCCGCGAUUAACGUGGGCGUCAAGCUCGCGGGUGACCUCUCCAUCGUUGUCGAGAAUGGCUUCGAGAUUGGCACCAUGUCUGGCGACGUCCACAACCUCAUGGAGCCCCAGGACGCGCACCGUUUCAACUCACGCGAUAUCGUCGUCAGGACCAUGUCUGGCGACAUCACGGGCUCAUGGCCGCUCUACGACUCUCUAAAGAUCGCCUCCGACUCGGGCGACAUCCAUGUGGGCGUCACCCCCCAGCAGGUCUCUGAGUCCAAGCCACGCCCCGCUGUCCUCGAAGUCAGCACCAUCUCGGGCGACAUCACCGUCAAGGAACCCCUCGAUGCGGCAGUGCAGAGCAGCAAGCCCGAUACGGUUGUCCCGCCGCGCGACUAUAUCACCACGCUCGAUACCAAGUCCGGUGGCAUCAGAGCCUGGGUCGCCUUCAGCUCCGCCGCCGUCGUCGAGAGCAUCAGCGGCGACAUCGCAGCCGAGUUCUUGCCCGUGUACAACAUCAGCCUGCUGCAAUCCACCAAGGUGUCCGAGCUUCACACCAAGACUAAGAGCGGCGACGUUGCCGUUAAGGUGCUGGACCCCAUCUGGGUCGAGAUCGCGGGUACCGAGGGCGCGCCCAGCGUUGAGAAGCCAAGGGUCAACCCCGACGAGCCCGUCGAGAUUCCGACCAACCCCUUGCCCAUACCCAACAUCCCCAAGAUCCCUCGCAUGCCGGGAGCCCCCUUCAUUCCUGACUUCGGGAACCCGUACAAACGCAUCCCCGUCCCAGCCGGCAGAUGGACCGACGCAUGGCCCAUCAGACGCUCCUCCUCGGCCGACGCCGCAACCCAGACCGAAGAGCGCACCGUCUCAAUUAGCGAACGGCCGCCAAUGCGCCACUUCAAGUCCACCCAUGGUACCAUCAGCGGGGACAUGGAGAUUCGAUACCCGUCCUCGUGGGAGGGUUCCGCCACGGCCGAGAGCAUCAGCGGCAAGAUCUCCAUCCGCGGCAAUGACGUCCACAUCGACAGCAGGACGCAAUGGCCCAAGGCUGUCCACGCACACAAGGGCCAGGCCUUGAACUGCGAAGUCUCGCUGGGAAGCGUCUCCGGGAGUGUGGACCUCAUCAUUGGCUAGGAAACGAAGGCGAUGUAGAUGAAGGUGAGCCGGCGAUGGAAGGCCUGGGGACGUGAAGGAAUAAUUCAUAUACACAAUCGUCCAAUACAUGCGGCUAACAUAGUGGAUGGAGAACACGAGAUAAUAUGUGAAGAGGGGGAAUCUGGGAUGGAAGAAUGGAUAAAGGAUUUACACACAUAUACCUGUCGCUACGAUAUUUGUACUUGCUUUAGGGGCCCACGGCGUUAAGAAGAAGCUCGUCAAAGACGGUGCUGUUUUCAUUGGUAUUCUCAUUAUUAUCGCAACUACAUACGUUCGGCACAAUACUGGCGAGGAGACACGCAUGACCUCGAAUUCUCUACGUUCUAUCUACAUAUACAACAAUGUCAUUAUCGAAUUUGAGAACCCAAGGUCCCUCUCGCAGAAAUUCGAACUCGAGAUGAGUGAGAGUCUUAUGUCCUUCCCCCCCUCUUAGCUGGGACGAUCGAUCAUUGUCCCAAUGUUGUGUAUACGAAAGAAGCCAUUUGGCAGGCUAUUAUAAGGGGUAUCUAACGCUCAACCAUGUUUUUUGUUUUUAACUUCAUCAAACGGAAACGGCCACCCCUCCACUCUCGACUUGCGCUCCUCCCGCUCCGCUUCCCGCCGCCGCCGCCGCCGCCGCCGCCGCCAC